CAAGCUCUUAAUUUUGUGAUUUGUUCUUUGUUUCGGGCAUUAAAUGCGGCCUUCUUUAAAAUUCAACUCGAGCCCAAAUCGAGCAGAUAAGUUUCUGCCUCCAUUAACGAGGUUUCUCAGAAACAAUAUGGGGAGUCAAAGCAGGGGAAGGUCACGUUUUAGCCCUAUAUUCAUCAGAAAGAAGAAUGUUGUUGUAGCGGUAGAAACCCAGGAGCCCUCUUCCCCCAAGGUCACCUGUAUUGGGCAAGUUCGCGUACAACGAUCCAAGCAAUCUGGGGCCAAGAACGGUCGAACCAGCACCACCGUCGCCAAAGGCCGGUUACGAUGGAUUCGUAAGGUUCUUUUAUGCAACUAUUCCGUUAUAAAACCCAAACCCAGAGCUUCUUGUUCGAUAUGGCAGAGUGGUUACAGUUUCCCUAAAUGGGCUAUCGCCAAAGAUUCUGCGCUAGGAGAAUCUAAACGAGAGGAAACAGAUGAAUAUUCUGACCAACGAUACGAAGAUGAAGAAGGAGAAGAGGAAGAAGCCAAUGUUUUUGUGUCUUCUUCCCCACCGAAGAACGCUUUGCUACUCAUGAGAAGCAGGUCAGAGUCAUACCGAGCUUCCUCUCUGGCUAAUCGCUUCUGGGGUUCACCCUCUCCAAUUGAAGAUGCUGCAAAUGUCAAUAGAGAGCAGGAAAGCGUAGACAGUGUCGAAACCCAACAAGUAGAGACAGAAGAAGAGAAACCCACGUCGGGAAAAGAAUCCAAAUGCAGAGAUACGGCUGCAGAAUCGAGAAAUGGUACAGAAAAUGAGGAAAAGUUGGGAUUUGAAAGCUCAAACAGUGAGAGAAGCAAUGAAACAACAAGAACCGGCGACGAGUCAGCGAAGCUAAUUGGGGAAGUCUCUGUUCGGCCACUGGUACUAACCAGAUGUAAAUCGGAGCCUGCGAGAAGAACGGGGAAGCUGGAUCGAAUUAGAGUCGUUAUCCUUGAAGAAAAUAAGGCUGCAUGUCGAGAAUUUUAA